AUGUCGAACCGUCAGCAAGCCCGCGACAUGCAGGUCGAGUUCCAGGCCCGCUUCCAGGCCAAGCAGGCCCGCCGCGAAGCCCAAAAGGCCUCGAAGCAGGACCCCAUUCUCAAGAAGCAGAUCCAGGAACUCCUCAAGAAGGGCGAGACCCAGAAGGCCUACCAGAAGGCCAAGGUGCUCCUCUCCAAACAGGCUCUCGCCCAGCAGAUGGACCAGAUGGCCGACAUGGCUGAGCUAUCCGCCGCCCAGAUCCAGGCCAACAACGCUAUGAACCGCAUGACGCACAUGAUGGCUUCGUCGUCUCGAACCAUGAACAUCGCCCAGAAGAGUGCCAAUCCCGAGAAGACCCUUGUCACCCUCGAGCAGUUUAAGCAGCAAAACGAGGAAUACGCCAUGUCCAAUGGCAUCUACCAGGAUGCCAUCAGUCAGUCCACCUCCGUUCAGGUUGGCGAGGACGCUGUCCACGAGCUGCUUGGCAAGCUGGCUGACGACGCUGGCCUCGAGUUCGACCAGCAGCUGCGCCAGGCUGCGCCCUCCACCGUCGACCCCCAGGCCUCCGCUGAGCCCACCGCCGAGGAGGAGGAUAAACUGCAGCAGAGGUUGCGCGCUCUACGAGCCUAG